AUUCCUUUCACUUUGGGUAACCGCAAUUUCACAACUUUCUUUUCUCUUUCCUUUCUGGUCAUUCUGUUAUUCCUCAAAGACGAGGUCCAACAAUCCUUAACAACAAUCGAUAUACACGAACCGCUCGUACCACCAAUCAACCAGCCAUCAACGCUCUCAUUUACCACCGAUCACUUCACCUACGCAGAAAGGCUCGCAGUGCUACCUGUAUCCCUUCUCAGUCAAGACAUCUUUCCACCUUGAGCUAGCUUCAACGCCGUUAUACAUUGCCUGUGCCCGUGGCUUCCGGUCAACAAUCAGUGGGCCCGAGUGAUCUUUUUGAAACUAUCGAAUAGCCAUGGACGCAAACCAGGAGCAAUCCCGCAGACGGCUGCCUUUUUCCUUUGGGUUCUCAAAGAGACAAGAAGUGUCUUUCCAUCACCAAGAUACCAUAUCCACUAUGCCUGGGAACCAAUUGACGACUGAGAUGGAGGCGAUGGCGCCUACUCAUGGAAUGUGGACAAACCCUACCUCUCAUAGUAUCAAGCCACGACCGGCUACCAUCCAUGAAGGAUUCGCAUAUAGUAUGGGUGGUGGCUUUGGAACUUUACCCGCGUGGACUCAACCCUCAUUGAACAUCCCGCAGGCGCAACACACCCCAAGCGACGCCAUGUUCCCGCCGACCUCGAUGCCUCACGAGUUCUACCCGCAAACGACAGAUGCAUGGGGGCAGAGACAUUGUGGAGAACAUGUUGAUAUACCACCUUUGGACGAGGAUCUUGCAAUCGGUCAGGCAUUCACUAGUGACGAGGUCGUUCCCAUGGACCUUCAGUAUCAGGGACAUCAGCAGUUGGAAGGCGACCAGAUGAACUAUGAUGGCGGAGUGAAUCAGCGCAGAAUGUCUGGAUCGUCGUUCAGCUUGUCGACUUCGGGUGCCUUCUCCGACAUGCCUUCGUACGACGAGUUCUCCGCCACGUUCUCUGACGCGCAGUCAAUCUCCGAUUACCGGCCGACCUCAAACAGGAACUCAUACAUGUCUUCAACACAUCUCUCACCUGUCGCUUCUCCACGUAUGACUCCUCAAACACGGUCGGAUCUCGUACGGACACAGAGCAGAGGCCGCGCCUCGCCUUCUCCCCGGCCUGGAGCGCGCGCUGCUCCAUACAGCGUGGAUGGUGGCAGGAGUAAGAGAUGGUCCACGGGAUCUUACGGUACAGCUGCUAGCAGAAGACCUUCGCCUUUUGUCUAUCAUCACGGAUCGCAAGAACCCUUCCACUCUCAGCCGCGGAUGCCGACCCACCACUCCUCCCCAACGGUUGCUCAGCCUCAACUACCGCUCAGCUUUGGGAACCUACAGGCAGUACAGCAGAACCCCUAUCUGCUUGGGAGCAAUGGUCCAGUACUUCAGCAUAGUAGCAUGCUUCUUCCGUCGCAAUUGCCAUCGCAUGGGUUCCACCCCGUGCAGCACCACUUUGAGCAGCCGCCUCCGCUGCUUUCUCAUGGAUUCUUCCGUAUGCUUUCGAGCAAUGCGGACCCGAGCUCUCUGCAUCACCACUACGCAGACCUUUCGGAUCCGCCUGAUCUCUUUGCUGCCCUUCAGGAGGAACAACUCGAUCCUCCCCCCGAAGAUAUGAAUCCCGACGAUCCCGAAAUGGUCCCCCACGAGCAGGAGCUCAGGUUCGACGGUGAUCUUUACACCCCUAAAUGGGUACGUGGACACGGAAACAAAAGGGAAGGAUGGUGCGGAAUCUGCAAGCCAGGACGUUGGCUAGUGCUCAAGAAUUCAGCGUACUGGUACGACAAGAGUUUUACACACGGCAUUAGUGCACCGACAGGAUGUCGUUUCCAGGAACCUCAAAAGAUCAGGCGCAUGGAAGGAAACCCGGAAGUAUGGGAAGGCUUUUGUGGUACCUGCCGUGACUGGGUCGCGCUCGUGAGCAACAAGAAAAAGGGCACCACCUGGUUCAGGCACGCAUACAAGUGUCAUACCCACACGAAGAUCAAAGAGACACCAAAGCGACGAAGGGGGAGCAGUCACACGCGACCAUCAAGCAUGAUCAAAGGUAAAGCCGAACCGCAGAUCUCUAGCCCACUGGGAGGUCAAAUGCAGGACAGCUCGAUUGCGGAAACACCUUCCCUAUCCCAGACGUCGGGAGAGAGCCAAUUCGAGCAAGCAUAAGAGGAUCAAUGUCCAUCAUUGGCGGCACCAUCAAUCCAGCCUCUGCACCGCUGCCAUCCACCGAGCCACAAUCGAAGUUAUGCCAAGCUCCCAAGUUAACUUCACACUCUGCCAAUCUGCAAACGCCGCCAAUACCUCCACACAAUGGGCGUCGCCACAACGAGCACGCCCAGGUCACAUCUGCCCCUCGUCCUUGGCCUGCCAACAAUGCUGGAGUGGCCGAUUAUCAGUGAUCGUCCACCACGGUCGAUUAGUCGAGAGACUUCGAUUGGAAUGGGUAUCACUACACCCACUCCACAUCUUUCCUUUAUUUACUCCCCUAUUCCCCUUUUUACAGCUUCAUGAACAUAGUUUGCUCACUGAACCAUGUGGUGUUCCUAAGGUGCUCACAAACCAUGGU